AUGGCCGCUGCUCUGAAGAGGUUGACCUUGAAAUCAUCCCGCGCUCCGUUGCGCAUCAUUGCAUUACCGCUCACAAGCGCCGUACACCGACCUGGACACCCGUCUGGAGUGCCCAGCUCUCUGGUCUACUACCACUUUCAAGUCCCACCGAAGGAUCCAGACGCAAAGCCUACUUGGCUGGAAUGGGGCCAAACGAAGGCAGUGAACAUAUGGGCAGGAUUUGGCAAGGCCAAAGAGGGCUCGUGGAAGGUUCGGUUACAUAGUUAUGGCGAGCGCCUGGUGGACAGGAUUGACUUCGAGGAAUUGGCACUGUCGGGUUUGGAUCCGUCCAUGGGACCAAAGCUCACAGGUUCCAAUCCUACUGCUCAGGCGGAGGAAGAGAAGAAGAUGAAGAUCCCUUUGGUACACCCGACUUUCCUAGGCUUUUCAACAUAUGAGCAUCUCCAGAACCUGCUCUCGAAACGUACACCCAGACACAGAAAAGGGUUCUGGACAUGGUUUUUCAUCAUGCCGCUGACUGCGCCGUUUGCCAUCAUCCCCAUUAUACCCAACUUGCCGUUCUUUUACGCGGCGUGGAGGACAUGGUCACACUAUAAGGCCUGGAAAGCCUCGGAAUAUCUCGAGUCGCUCUUCGAGCAGGACCUCAUACAAGACGAAGGGAACGAAUGGCUCGACGAGGUGUAUGUCGCUCAUGCGCCGCCACUGUCAGACAAGAUAUCGCCUCUCGAGAGCUUGAGGCUGGAGACGGACCCAAUGCACGGCGGGAAGAAAGAUAGUAGCGCGAAGAAGUUGAUAUUGACGGAGGGCGGCGUACCUCCCAUCAUAUCGUUAUUUGCGCUCCCGGAUUCGGCAGCCGCCCAUCUCACCCGGGCAAUACAACAAGCUCGUACAAGACUGGAGAAGGGGAUGUACAAAUAG